AAGCUGGCACGGCAAACAAACGCUGUGCCAAGAAAAUGCCUGCUCGCCCGCACGAAGGACGGGCUGUGAGAGCAGGAGACCGCCAGUAGUUUCAGGUGCUUCUAGUUCCGUAAAUGAAGGAAACGGAGUGAUGUACAUCGUUUUAUUCUGUAUCCACGUUCUCGGAUCUGUUGUGCGUGUGCCGGCUCGCAUCGCUGCCGCGUCAGAUGUAUGCACUGCAAAAGGUGGAUCGCACUAGAAGUAUAUAUAAAUCGCAUGACAAAUUAUAAUAAGGAAUUUCCUCAACCUCACCAUGAGAAACGGAAUUUGUAUAUGUGGAUUCAACUCAAGAAGGAAAAAAUUUGAAUCAAUUUGUAACAAGUCUGGCCCAAGCGGAGCCCGGACGCUCUUGCGGAUGGGAUUACUUUUACUACGAGCGCGAUACUUUUGCACAGGAUAAGAUGCUGAGAAGGCCGCCUACGCUCUUGCGUGGCCCAUCAUGGCGGAGGUUAUCGGAUCUUCGCUGCGCACCUCUCUGGCAACCAAGCUCCGGCAAGGGCGCGCGCUCCACCCGCAAGGGCUAGGGCGUGUGUCAUCUUCACGAGCAGAAAAUGGAAAUGCAACGCCCGCAGAAGACGGUGAUGAUGAUGAUCAUAGUACAACUACAGGUGCAGCUCGUCCCCUGGACGAUGACAUUCAAAUAGCACCAAUCAUGGCGAUCUUCAAUUUGUGGCGCGGCUUGAUAGGCAGGUUUUUGGUUGCAAGUUUCGACUCCACCGGCGUCGCGCUUACAACUUUGACGAUGCAAGCUUUUGAAGAAAUCGUCAUGCGACAAACCUUCGACUGGCGGGAUCGGAUGUAAGAAGCCAGUUUUUAUUCUUGGUUCGCAGACGCAGUACUACAUCCACUUUGUGUGUGCGUACGUACUAUCAGAAACUUCAGCACCGAGCAAAGACAAAUUCAAAUGGAAACUCAGAAGCGAAUAGCGAGGACUGGUUCUGAUGGAGUAAAAGUGUUUUAGUAACUCUAGGUACUUAAAUGUAGUGCGGACGAAAAAAAAGCUCUGUUUAACUUUCCAGGUAUGCUAAGUACGUGAAUCGACGGUCGCCGGAGCACAUCGAGAGGGACUUUACUUCCAGGCUACAUCGAAGCUUCCAGGCUCGGGUGCUGCUGUCGGAGAUGCAAACCGAGUACAUUGCAAUUGUGCUGGCGCCUCUUUCCAUACUGCUGUUUUCCGGUGAGUUUCGCUACGUGUAUAACCUGGGAUACCAGAAAGACAAAAGCGUGAUGUUGGCCCACCUUCUGCCCCCGUUUUUGCUCGGGCUGCUGUACGAGAUUUUGGUCGACGCGCUGUGCCUGACCGUGGAGCAAACUAUGUACAAGGUCCCGGUAGAGGAAGAGUGGCAGCAGUGGAUCCGUCUUCCCAUCAACAUCGAGCUACCGCAGUCUUGUAAGCGAAGACUGUGGCCGCAUCGCUCGGACGCGCAAAGCAAUUUGCACACGACCUCCACGACGGCCGCGGAUCUGGGAUCAUCUGAGUUCGACGAGAGGCCAGCCGUGGUGCGUCCGAAAAUAAGGCACCAUCCGUGCGCUCUGUUGUUUGUUUACUUUUUCGUUAUGUUCGUUGCGUUCGUUCAAUUUCUUCUUAGCUUUGACACCCUCUCCUUAAUCUACCCAAAGUGUGGCGCGCGUUACUCCCCUUCAGAUCGGACGCGCGAGCUUAACAUCUGCGCCACAUACCCAGAAUGUGUCGAGAUGAGACAGGAUUAUGACGUUCUCCAGGAACUGUGCGAGUAACUUAUCUAUACUAAUCGCAGACGGAUCAUCCUCAAACGAACCACAACCAGGGCUACGGCUAUACGCCGAAGAUGAACAUUAAGCCGUUACUUAUUAAACUUGAUUCUAGUACUUAAGUCUACGGGCGUUUUUUUUUGGGGGGGUUUUUCAUCGGCACAAGCAUGCACUGCCGACGUUGCGGCACUUACGUCGUCUAUACUGUUUCUGUUUCAUGAAGACAAUAUCCUGCACAGCCAUGGCCAUAGUCAUAGAAUCACAUUGGUUCAGAGUAUCUAACUUUCAUGGGUGACAUAUUUAUUACUUUGAAAGAGAAAGUCAAAGUCUAACUGCUGCAUUGCGGCGGGGUGCCAUUUGCAUUUUCCACCUGCAAUCGACAGCUGGAGUUUCCGGUACCGAUAAAGAUGCACGGCAUUGAUUUGAUUUCCAAGAAUUCACAGACAGUGCUGCUCGUCCAUCAGCGACUUUAUCGAUUGUUUCAUCCAAAAUAAAGCGAAUUAAGUCUAUCUACGACUUGUGGAAUGAAUGUAUAUCGAUGU